GAGCACUUCUAAUCAAAUCGAGCCAAAAUGUCAGGGCCUUUAGCUGAUGAGCAAUGGCUGGAAAAAAAUCCCCAAGUCCAAAAAUUAAUAAAAAAGUUCAUGAAAACGAGUGACGAGGCUAUCCCGUUCAUGAAAGAAUAUGCUGAUGCUGUUCCAGAGAUAUGCACGAAGUUACAAGAAUGGAUCGAUAACCUCCAGGUACAAGAGACUGCAGUCAAUAGCGUUCACACAGCAACUACUGGAGUCGCCAUUGCAUCUACCGUUGCCCUAUUCACACCGUUGGCAGUUUUUGGCGUAGUAGGGUUGAUUGGGUCCGGCGUAGGCGCUGCGGCUGUAACAGUUGGUGACGCUGUUUCUAACAGAGUGAAAGCUAAAAAAAUCAAAGAACUCGUGGAAAGCAAAGCUAUCCUUUUGAAAAAGGCAGAAGAAAAGUUGAAAGAGCUUCAAGAUAUCAUCAAAAAAGUUUCUGAUGUUGGAAAGAUUCCCAUCACAACUGCAAAUAAAAUAUGCUUUGGUAUGAUGGAUAUUGCCAGAGCAGGGGCGGGAGCGAGUAUAACCCUGCAGGGCGAUACGAUAGCCACGUUAUUUGGUAUGUUUCAAGUGUGGAGGGCAGGGCAGCUAGCGCCGAAUGGUCUUGCUGUAAUUCAAGGCGUUUCUGGCGCAGGAUCUAUUCUAAUCAGUGGUCUUGGAGCUGUUGUUGGGGUGUGGGUCGUAAUUGACGGAUGGUUUAAUGGUAAUCCUACUAAAAAAGCGACAAUUGAUACGAAAAAGCAAUUGGAAGAAUCAACAAGAGCCAUUUUGAAUUUGAUUAAUAUAUUCGAGGGUAAUCAAAACGAAUAAAAUUUCUCUCAUGUAUAGAGAGGCGGGGAUGCUCGUCGAAAAUUCCGA